GUUCUCGUUUCGGUCCGCCACCAGCGCUGCGUACUUCUCCUUGUCGUGGCCGCGCGUGAUCGCACUGCAUACACAGUGCGCCUGCAGUGUGCCAGACUGGCACCCAUGCUGCUGUCCUGCCGCUGCGUGCGUCCUGGCGCUAGUUCAACCUCAGCGCCUAUAGCCCUCGAUGCCGAGCGCCGAGCCCUAAUUCAUGCAGGCUUGCGCGACCACGCGUGCGUUGGUCUUCUUUGUCUGGAGUCGAGGUCGGACCGCGAGUCUUUGUGGACGCACGAGCCGACUUUGUUCCCGAUCCGGCGCACAACGUCUCUCUACAUGCCUCACCGCACGAGGAGACAUACCUCGCCGAGUCUUUAAAGCUCGACAGCCGCCGUCAGCAGAAAUCUUUCGCCGCCCGAACCCUUUCCUCCGCUCCCUGACAUCCACCCAGACCCCUUCUCGUCCUCCUCGUCAAGCACACUCUUUGCCGACAUGACAUCCGCAGUCAAUGCGGCGUACAUCUUCUUCAGCCUCCUCUCCGUGAUCCUCGUUCUCAUCACCACGCCAUGGCAUUGGCGUGUAAGGAACACGGGCACACUGCUGAUCUUCUGGCUCUCCCUUGGCAACGCGUCCAUGGGUAUCAAUGCCGCGCUUUUCGCGAACACAAGUGAAGAUAUUGCUCCAGUGUGGUGCGACAUUUCCGCAACGAUUGGGUACAUUUACGCUCCCGGCUUCACCGCUGGGCAACUUUGCCUUCUGCGUCGGCUCGAGUCCAUCGCUUCCACUCGCCACGUGAACUACUCAGACGUUCGCCGCCGCCGCGACUUGAUCGUCGACCUUCUCCUUGGCAUCGGUCUUCCGUUGCUCCUCAUUCCCAUGCACUUCGUGGUCCAAGGUCAUCGAAUGAACAUCGUCCAAGAGUACGGCUGCACAUCGCCGGUCUACUACAGCGUUGCUUCCAUCUUCCUCUACCAGAUCUGGCAGAUCGUUCUGAGCUUGGCUUGCGCUGUGUACGCCUUCCUCACCCUGCGAUGGUUCGUUAUCCGGAGAAAGCAGUUCACCGCUGUGCUGCAGUCUAGCGGCAGCGGCCUCAACAAGAACAAGUACGUUCGUCUGAUGGCGCUGGCUGUCUCGGAACUGUUCUUCGCCUUCCCAAUUUGCCUCUACGUCUUCGUCUCUGCGAUCAUCCACAAUCCUCUCAUGCCGUACACAAGCUGGAGCGACGUGCACGAGGACUUCAACACGACGCUCAGUUUCCAGCUGUCCGACCUGACGUACGACCAGCGCGUCCUGGUGGAGCUCGGCCGAUGGUUGGCCAUUAUUGCAGCUUUCACCUUCUUCGGAUUCUUCGGCCUGACCAAGGAGUCUCGUGCAUCUUAUGCCUCCUGGUACGACUCAAUCUUGCGGACCAUGCGCCUCCGCCGCGGACCUCGUCCUCCGAAGGCGGGUCAGAUCACCUCUCGACGCACCGAGCCAUCCUCCGCUUUGUCGCACAUGCAGUCGCUCUCGCGCGACCCGCAGACGCCACGCAGCUUCGGCGGAGACGAAGAGAAGAGCUGGGGCCCCACGCCAAAGGAUGGCUCGUCGUUCGGCAUGACAGAGUACACUGUCAGCUCGCCCGGCUCUGCAGUCUCGUUCGGGCCCCUUGACCAGACGCGCACAUUUGGAUCGAUCCACCCCAUGCAGAGCGUCGCCGGGAACGACGCUUCUCCCAAUGGAGAGGUGACUUUCGAGGAGCGCUACGGCCCGCUUUCCACAGUGCAUGUUACCACGGAGCGCAUCGUGGUGUCGUGAUGGUCGACCAUGUUCUUUCCUCUGCCUUCGACCUCCUCUUGCCGUCCCAACGCUGUCACCGCCCGCUUUUGUACCACGUUCUCUGCUUCAAUCUGAAAGAGAAAAUACC